CUCUGAUCCAACCAUUUACUCUUCACUUUGUUUUUAUAUUUCCUCACAAGAAAUAAAGAAUCUCACUUUCGUUAUCCGUUUCCAGUCUCAACCAAGAAGAGUCUUUUCAGACACAGGCUAUCAUGCAAACAUUCAUAUAACAAUUAAACAGAGUUUCAAAACAUGAUGAGUGGUAUUGUUGGAAGUAGUAACAUGGCGACCACUGACGCGAGGUUUCUAAGUUCGAGUUUCGGCAACACUUUCACCAGAAUCCACCGAUGGGAUUUUCACGAUCGGUCCCAAAUCGCAAUCCCUAGAGCUCAAUCUUCCUCUUCUUCCUCUCCACCUCCUCCUCCAUCCUCCGACAAGAAGAAGCCCAGAAACCGUCCCGUAACCACAGCUACUAAAGAAGAAGUUGAGACGGCGGCGAAGACUCCUCCUCCGCCGCCACAGACUCAAUCUCCGUCGUCUCCGCCGUUGAAACUCGACGACGUGAAUCCCGUGGGAUUAGGACGGAGAUCGAGGCAGCUCUUUGACGAGGUGUGGCGGAAAUUCUCAGGAUUAGGUCAGAUCUCGAGGACGAACCGGCCCGAUGAGCAGGAUGCUCUCGACAGUCUUUUAAUUAGAGAAGGACCUAUGUGUGAGUUCGCUGUCCCCGGAGCUCAAAACGUCACCGUUUUAGUCGUUGGAGCUACUAGUAGAAUUGGACGUAUUGUCGUCCGUAAAUUAAUGCUACGUGGCUACACUGUCAAGGCACUGGUGAGGAAGACUGAUGAAGAAGUGGUUAGUAUGUUACCAAGAUCAGUAGAUAUUGUGGUUGGAGAUGUGGGAGAACCGUCGACGCUUAAGUCUGCAGUGGAAAGUUGCAGUAAGAUUAUUUACUGCGCAACUGCUAGGUCUACUAUUACUGCUGACCUUGUUAGGGUUGAUCAUUUGGGUGUUUAUAACCUCACCAAGGCUUUUCAGGAUUAUAAUAACAGAUUGGCGCAGCUGAGAGCUGGUAAAAGUAGUAAAAGCAAGCUUUUGAUAGCGAAGUUUAAGUCUGCUGAGGCGCUUGAUGGUUGGGAAGUGCGGCAAGGAACUUACUUUCAGGACACGACUGCUUCUAAAUAUGAUGGUGGGAUGGAUGCUAAGUUUGAGUUUACUGAAUCUGAGAGAGCUGAGUUUUCAGGUUAUGUUUUCACCCGAGGAGGAUAUGUUGAGUUGUCUAAGAAACUUUCACUUCCACUAGGUUCCACUCUUGACAGGUAUGAAGGCUUAGUUCUUUCUGUUGGUGGGAACGGAAGAUCCUAUGUUGUAAUCCUUGAAGCUGGUCCAUCAUCAGAUAUGUCUCAAAGCAAACUGUACUUUGCAAGGAUUACUACCAAAGCUGGAUUUUGUCGGGUAAGGGUACCAUUUUCAGCUUUCCGUCCGGUUAACCCUGAAGAUCCACCGCUAGAUCCAUUUCUCGUUCAUACAUUGACAAUACGUUUUGAGCCUAAAAGACAGAGACCAGUUGAUGGUGUUGCUGGUGCACAACAAGAUCUAAGAAGCUUUAGCCUUAUAUUCGAGUACAUCAAAGCUUUGCCUGCGGGUCAAGAAACCGAUUUCAUUUUGGUUUCAUGUACUGGUUCUGGAGUUGAACCCAACAGAAGGGAGCAAGUGCUAAAAGCUAAGAGGGCUGGUGAAGAUUCGUUGAGAAGAUCAGGCCUUGGAUACACCAUUAUUCGUCCCGGUCCCUUGAAGGAGGAGCCAGGCGGUCAACGAGCUCUGAUAUUUGAUCAGGGAAACAGAAUAUCUCAGGGUAUCAGCUGCGCGGAUGUGGCUGAUAUUUGUGUCAAGUCACUGCACGAUUCGACAGCGAGAAACAAAAGCUUUGAUGUUUGCCAUGAAUACGUCGCUGAGCAAGGAAUAGAACUCUACGAGCUGGUGGCUCAUUUGCCAGACAAGGCGAACAACUAUCUGACUCCUGCUUUAUCUGUACUUGAGAAGAACACAUGAUACAAACCACAAAGUUUCCCUCGCAAUCCAGAAGUGAAAAGAAGAAUCCUUGAUUCCGUUUUGUCUCUUGUAUUCAUCUCAACCUCUGAUAUACAUUACAUAAAUACAUACGUACUUUGUAUAAUUUGUACAGACAAGAAUCUUUUCUUCCCUUGGUAUCUCCAGUAACAUUGUUUUCUUAUAUUCAGCUUUGAGUUUGUGUAGUACAAGAAAAGGGUGCGAGACUAUGUUUUCUAUUACACAACACUCAUUGUAAAAGAGUCACUUAUGCAGUUAAAGCGUGC